UAUUUUGUAGCUUGCUACAGUGAUAAAUAUCAACGUGCUGCUGCUUAUACCAACUAUAGUUAUUGGGAUAACUGGUGGGAUUUUAGGCGCGUUCUUUACGUUUCUCAAACUGAAGAUGGCGAGAAUGCGGAAAAAGCUACUUUUCAAAAUGCCGAAACCGAUAAUAGCUAGAAUUAUUCACUGCAUCGAACCUAUAAUUUGCAUGGUGAUAAUAGCGACAGUGUAUAUCUAUAUACCCGACAGUUUCGGUUGCACACAGUUCACCUGUAUAACAGAAGACGGAAAUACAACUUAUGGAUGUUAUAAUGACACCAGGGCAGAUCCUGAAGCAGAACCAAAUGUGAUACAUUAUAAAUGUAACAAAGGCUCCAUGAAAAAAACUGGAACUAUGUGGUACACUAAUGGAACAUAUAAUGAAGUUGCCACCUUAUUACUUCUACCUGGAGAAGAUGCAGUGAAAAAUUUAUUUUCAAGAAAUACACAUCUUAAUUUCGGAUUUCCUUCUGUAGCAUGCGUACUGGUCCUGCAUUUUCUGUCUGUUUCUUGGGCGUCGGGAACAGCUGUUGCAUGCGGCAUCCUCGUCCCAGUUGUGUGAG